CCCUCCCUCCCUUUGCCUCUUUAUUCAAUUCAAUUCAAUUCCUGCGUGCUGAUUGUUGUUUUUCUUUUUGAAUGUGUAUCUUGAGCUCCAAUCGAUGAAUGAUGCUCGCUAUUCACUUUCAAAUGGUGGCAAUUGUGCAUUCUAUUGCAUCUUUUUGUGAUGUAUAUGCUCCUUUGCAGAUGCAGUUAUUUGCUGAUAGUUGUGGAUUUGUGGGUUUUGAUUAUUAUUUGCUUUAGGGGAAAUGGGUAUUCAGUCCUCAAAUUAUUGCUAAUGGAAAUGCGAUUGGCCAUUUUUCUUCUGUAAAAUAAUAACACCUAGAAGAUUGAUUGAUGUCAUCACUGUGAUGCUGCACAUUUGACUGUUCACCUUCUUCUUCUUCUUCUUCUUUUUUAUUUUUUAUUUUUUUAUUUUUAAGAAACAGACUUUUCUGGAUUUAUAUUGGGUGUUGGUCUUUGGCUGCUUUAUUAGGUUCUAAGUAAUGCAACUGAGAGAAUCACUUCAAGGCAUAACUAACUAAAUAAAAGAAAGCCUCAUGCUUCAACAAAAAGGGGUUAAUAAUUAGUUUCCAAGGAAAAUAAAAAAAUUAGGCCUUUCACAAGAAUAGUUUAGUGGUUGCAAGCACUCGUCUUGUAAGAUGCCAUGUGUCCAUAGGCAGCAUGAGUUGUACAACACUAAAAGAACCAUUAAUUGUAAAAUCAUAUAAUGGAAAACAUUGGGAAGAUAUUUUUUUAUAAUAGAGUAGAGAAUUUUUUUUUUUGUAAAUAUAUAUUUUGGUUUAAACGACUGUUUACUUUAGAAAAACCAAAUAAGUUGUCUACUUCUGGCUGGAAGUUGUUUUUAUUGAUCUUUGAAAGCAGAAGUGGGCAUUCGCAAGCAUCCCAACAUUGUUUUCUUUCUUUUUGUUUGCCAACCAAACCACAAAAGUGCCUAUCUAAGGUUGGCGAAAUGGAGGCUAUUCUGCAAGCACACAAUUGUACAGUGCCUGCGAGAGAAAUACUCGAGGCUCUUGCCCAACGCUUCAGUUCCUCUCCUGAAAGAGCUGGAAAGGUGGAAGUUUCUGUAAAGCAAGUCUGGAACUGGUUCCAAAAUAGGCGGUAUGCUCUUAGAGCUAAAGCAGCUAGGGUUCCUUUUCCUGGACAGGUGAACAUGUCGCUGGUGACUCAAGAUGAUCCAUCAAUUGUAAAGAUUGCCCCUCAGGCUCCUUAUCCUCAGCCUUCUCGGCCCUCAGUUUCUCAUCCUCCACCUUUACAGCUGCAGCCUGCUCUCUCAACUUCACUGAGGAGUAUGCCUCAAGCCCCCCAUGCUGUCCCUGCUCCAUCUGCACAAGGUACUGGCAGGAAUGCUUCAGAGAAUUCCCAAAUGGAGUUUGAAGCUAAAUCUGCCCGGGAUGGUGCUUGGUAUGAUGUUGCAUGUUUCCUAUCACAUAAAUCAUUAGAGAGCGGAGAUCCGGAAGCUCUUGUUCGGUUUUCUGGGUUUGGACAAGAAGAGGACGAAUGGAUUAAUAUCCGUAGGCAUGUCAGACAACGAUCACUCCCAUGCGAAUCUUCGGAGUGUGUAGCAGUCCUGCCAGGGGAUUUAAUUUUGUGUUUUCAGGAAGGCAAAGAGCAGGCCCUAUACUUUGAUGCGCAUGUUCUCGAUGCGCAGAGGCGCAGACAUGAUGUAAGAGGAUGCCGUUGUAGGUUUCUGGUGCGAUAUGACCAUGACCAAUCUGAGGAAAUAGUUCCUCUUCGGAAGAUCUGUCGUAGGCCAGAAACGGAUUACAGGUUGCAACAGCUUAACGAAACCCCAAACAAAGCAGCAGCAGCCCGCUCGGGAAUGGGAAAUACUUUGAAAGGCAAUGCUCCUCCAUCACAAAAAGAAGAGCAGCAGCCUUCCGGAGAGAUUGGGUCCUCCAUGGCUGCUGGCUGAGGCUUAAUAGUAAUUGAUAUGUAAUACAUACAUACAUACAUUCAUACUCAGACACAGACGGACAGGCCCAGAAGCAGCAGAAGGUGCCACCACAGCUUCAACUGAAAUUAAUUAAUUGCAGCACCUGCACUCUCUACUCUGAAGCCCUCCAGUUAAUUAAUUGCAGCACCUGCACUCUCUACUCUGAAGCCCUCCAGUUAAUUAAUUGCGAUUUUUGUAGCGGGUGCGUGUCUCUCUCCGACUAAUUGUAGCAGCAGUGUUUGUUGUUUUAGCUUCCAACACACUGGCCGAAUGAAUGGUUUGUUGCUCCA